AUGUCAGAUAUCGGAGAACCCCUUACUUUAGCUCGAGAUGUUAAGAGAGCUAUUGAGUUGUUGGAUAAACUUCAAAAAUGUGGAGAAGUACCUGUAACAAGAUUAGCAGCUCUACAAAAAGUUUUACAAAGUGAUUUUUUAAAUUCAGUUCGUGAGGUUUACGAACAUGUUUAUGAAACUGUAGAUAUACAAGGUUCACAAGAUAUUAGAGCAUCUGCAACGGCUAAAGCCACAGUUGCUGCUUUUGCAGCCAGUGAAGGACACGCCCAUCCAAGAGUUGUAGAACUUCCUAAAAUUGAAGAAGGUUUGGGUUUUAAUGUAAUGGGAGGAAAAGAACAAAAUUCUCCUAUUUAUAUAUCUAGAAUAAUACCUGGUGGUGUUGCCGAUAGACAUGGUGGAUUAAAAAGGGGGGAUCAGCUACUUUCUGUUAAUGGUGUCUCGGUUGAAGGUGAAAAUCAUGAAAAAGCUGUAGAACUUUUAAAACAAGCGAAAGGAUCGGUAAAAUUAGUCGUUCGUUACACACCAAAAGUUUUAGAAGAAAUGGAAAUGAGAUUUGAUAAACAGAGGGCUGCUAGAAGACGUCAAUAUCCUUAA